AUGAAUCGAUUACAAUUGGCUAGAUAUACAACGAGGCCAAUGGCCCUCGCAUCGACUUCAAGCAUCCCUCAGAGAUCGUUACAGACUCAGAUACCGACUGGCAACCGUAACGAGACUCAGAUUAGAAAAGCCUCUACAGGUGCUGGAAAGGCACUUACUCCUCGCACAUACCCAGCUUCCUUGGCUGACGAGAAACCAAGCAACUUGGUCGAUUAUGCCUUAACAACUGUAGAUAAACUAGCCAAUUGGGCACGAACAGGCUCUCUCUGGCCCAUGACAUUCGCCCUCGCCUGCUGCGGUAUCGAAAUGAUGCACGUCUCAAUGCCACGAUACGACCAAGACCGCCUUGGAAUCAUCUUUCGCGCCUCGCCACGUCAAUCAGACGUAAUGAUCGUAGCAGGAACCCUCACAAACAAAAUGGCUCCAGCUCUCCGCCAAGUCUACGAUCAGAUGCCCGAGCCGCGGUGGGUCAUCAGCAUGGGAUCUUGCGCCAACGGCGGAGGAUACUAUUACUACAGCUACAGCGUCGUACGGGGAGUUGACCGUAUUGUUCCAGUGGACAUUUACGUCCCUGGAUGCCCUCCUACUGCUGAGGCUCUCAUGUAUGGGGUGUUUCAGCUUCAGAGGAAGAUUCGGAGCAGCAGGCCAUCUAGGAUCUGGUAUCGAAAGAGAUAG